AUGGUCGCAUUGCACCCUCUCAUCGACAAUGGCCUCAAGAGAGGCGACCCAAAUUUCUCCGGCGGAACUCUCGAAUGCCAUUGCCUCAACGACCGCGUAGCAGUCCGCAUCUCCGGAAACGUCGCCCACAACCACGCAUGUGGCUGCUCGAAAUGCUGGAAGCCAUCAGGGGCUUUGUUCUCAGUCGUGGGAGUCGUCCCAGUCUCCAACCUGACUGUCACGGCCAACAAGCAGAAGCUCCAUGUAAUCGAUCCUUCGGCAGUCAUCCAACGCAACGCAUGCAAGGAGUGUGGUGUUCAUAUGUACGGAAGAAUCGAGAAAGACCAUCCUUUCAAGGGCCUCGACUUCGUCCAUGCUGAGCUUUCGAGCGAAGAGGGCUGGCAAGAGCCGCAGUUCGCUGCAUUCGUUAGCAGUAUCAUUGAACAAGGCUUCGAUGCCAACAAGAUGGACGAAGUUCGAAGCAAGUUCAAGAGAGUUGGCUUGGAGACGUACGAUUGUCUGAGCCCGACAUUGAUGGAUCUCAUCGCGAGCUACACCUACAAGGCCAAGUGA